CACUUACAAGCUGUGGAAUCUGAGGCCCAGGUAGCCAGCCUCCGGGUGAGCCCAGAGCAGGUCGGCACCACGAAGCUCAUCUGCCCAGCUGGGACGAUGUCUGGACGCCCAGGGAGCCGUUCCAAUGCUUGCAGCCGCUUGAGCCAUCCCAAUAGCCUGUCCUCCUCAGCCCAGACUCCCGCCUGGCCCCACAGCCCCAAGUGUCCCCACACCCCCAGUGGCUCGGAUUUCAGUAACAGCAGUGGCCCCUUGGAGCAAUCGGAGGGCCCCAGCUCCCCCAGACUUCCCGUGAGGAACAUCUGCAUGGGCCGCCCCUACAACUCCAAGUACGUGGAGACGAGCCACCUCGCAAACCACCCCAAGGUGGCCAGAAGGCCCUCUUGCCGCAGCAGCCCCCAUUGCCUGCUCUGUACAGAACGUCCCUCGGGCCCCUGCAGCCCCACCUUCCUGGACCAACUCAUCAGAGGCAUCAACUACCUUGACAGAUCCACCAAUGCCUUCUGUACCAACGGUCCCAAGUCAUCACUGAGCCUGCCAAGGCUUGCAGCCAACUACCUGGAACGCGUGGCCAACUCCAUCCACCUGGACCACCCAGACCACUCCUUCCCCCGCAGUAACUCCAGUCCCAUCACCAGCACGGCUGCCUCUGACAACUACACCAACACCUGCAUGGUGCCUUCCCCCAGGGGUGUCAACACGCUGCAGUAUACGGAUGAGCCUGCCGGCACCAGUUACCCGCACCGGCUUCAGAGCCGGAGCCUCACACCUGUGCUGCCGCAGAGGCCCGGGAUGAAGCUGCCCGAGCUCCCCUUGUUCGGCAACGGGAUCUUUUCCUUAGGUCGCCUUCCCAAGCUCUGGGAAGCAAUCCGCUCGGGCUUGAGAGCCCCCGAGCCCAUCUCUAAACCCUGUAGCUGGUGGUAACAUCGACCAUGAAAUGGGUACAUGUCCAUCAAGCUGCAGGUGUAGAAAAUAAAUUGUGGCAAAAUGUUC